GCCUUUAGGAGAGGAUGAAAAUGGAUGGAAAAAGAAGACAACAGAUAUCAAGGAAAAUUAUGAUUUCAAGGAGGUCUUGGGGACGAAGCCAUGGGAGGCCUUAAUUACACCACGUCUCACGGCAACAGCACAGCUCUUGCUCUCUUCAUUUCCUCUCUGUCACUCUUUCUUUCCUUCAUUCUUUCUUCCCGACCUCCAUUUUGCCCCCCGCACCUCCCCCUUUCCACUUAAGGCAGUCUUAUAAUUCUGUGAUACGACUCCAGAAGAAAGUUUGUUGACAGCUGCAGCACUGUAUGAGCUGUUCUCUCUCACUGAACAACCCUGCUGUGAUCAUGACUCACUAGCAUGGCUUCCAGGGGGGCGUUCUCUGAGGUGUUCCUGGCUGAGGAGAAGAAGACCCAGCGACUCGUGGCCAUCAAAUGCAUCCCUAAGAAAGCAUUGGAGGGCAAGGAAAACAGCAUUGAGAAUGAGAUUGCUGUGCUACACAGAAUAAAACAUGAGAAUAUUGUUUCACUGGAAGACAUCUUCGAAAGUCAGUCGCAUUUGUAUUUGGUCAUGCAGCUCGUAUCGGGGGGAGAGCUCUUUGACAGGAUUGUAGAAAAGGGCUUCUACACCGAGAGAGAUGCCAGCAAACUCAUUCGGCAGAUUUUAGAUGCGGUGAAGUAUCUGCAUGAUAUGAACAUUGUGCACAGAGACCUGAAGCCAGAGAAUCUGUUGUACUACAGUAUGGAGGAGGACUCCAAUAUCAUGAUCAGCGACUUUGGCCUGUCUAAGAUCGAGGACUCAGGAAGUGUGAUGUCAACUGCCUGUGGAACACCUGGAUACGUAGCUCCAGAGGUCUUGGCACAAAAACCAUACAGUAAAGCUGUAGACUGUUGGUCCAUAGGAGUGAUUUCUUAUAUUCUUCUAUGUGGCUACCCUCCGUUUUACGAUGAAAAUGAUUCCAAGCUGUUUGAGCAGAUUCUCAAAGCAGAGUAUGAGUUUGACUCUCCAUACUGGGACGACAUCUCUGACUCAGCCAAGGAUUUCAUCAGUCACUUGAUGGAAAAAGAUCCGUCUCUGAGAUACACAUGUGAGCAGGCUUUACAGCACCCAUGGAUUUCUGGAGACACGGCUCUCGACAGGAACAUUCAUGAGUCCGUCAGCGCUCAGAUCAAGAAGAACUUUGCUAAAAGUAAAUGGAAGCAAGCAUUCAAUGCGACCGCAGUGGUCAGACACAUGCGGAGACUGCAGCUGAGCACCAGCCUUGAGGGUCCAAGCCAAAUCACCAGCACCAGCCCCUACCACAGACACCUGCUACUGCCCGCCAAAGAGCUGGACCACGAGGAGGACGAGGACGAGGAGGAAGAUGACAACAGUUCCCCGAGCGGGGACGGCCGUCGAGGCAGUGCUGAUCGGGACAGUCUCAGAAGCUGUGCUUACUGCUGCCGUCCAACCAGCAGGAUCUGAAGCAGAACUCUGAGCCCAGCAGAACCUAGAGGAACCCAGGGGAACCCACACAUGCACGUCCACCGCACCCGUCUGACCCGGAACACAGAGCUUUCCUGGUAACAUGCACUAGAUGGAGCUAGUGCUGCUGGUGGGACGGACGGACGUGAGAAGGAGAGCAUCAUUGUUCCAGACGUUCAGACUUGGGUAUAUCAUUGACAGAUAUGUAACUUCUCUAUCAUUUAAUUUUGUCUGAUUAAUAUUUCUGUACCCCAACCAAAGAUGACAGUAUGUUUAAUUUGUACUUUUAUGUAAGGUUUAUUUCUUUCUUUUAUUAUUUAUUUUUAAAGAAAACGUUCAGGUGUGUACCCCGUAGCAAUUUGGUCUCAGAAAGCCACUAGUUAUACAAAGUCUUAAUAAAUAUUCAUGUCUUAAGCCCCACUUGCUCAGGCAAUAAAUUCAUGACGAAACAAGAUGGUCAUAUCUUUAAGACAUUUCCACGCCUUAAUCCAUUGUAGCUUUGUUCUGUUUGGUAAUUAUCCAUGUGAUUGAUUUUGUGAUCUAGUUCAGACAGGUAUAAAAAAAGAGUAUCUCCAAGCUGUUACAGAGACCACAUGAUCUCAUUGUGGGUGUAAACCAUCAUUUGAAGCAUGUGACUGAUGAGUUUAAGAGAUUUGAGACACAGUCCAAUGCUUUUUUUUUUCUUUUUACACCUAGAUUAAAUGCAAUAUCAAACCUAGAUAAUCUCCGUUUUAAAUAAAGUUUCUGAGUUUUAGAAUUUAUGGGGCGAAAUUAGUCUAUAGCUACUGAAUAUAAUAAGAUGUAUAUAUUUGAAUUGCAUAUAAAAUAUCCAGCCAUUUGAAUUACAGUUUUUAACCUAAACUAAUAAAUUAAUGUAAUGCAUAUUUGUCAUUCAUACUGCCAUGAAUUAAUGAAACAGGGAAGAUUUCUACAAUAUUACUAAUAAACUAAAUGUGUUUUAUAUACACAAUAACCAGUUUGUAUAUUUAUCCUCAAUAAAUCCAAUUUGUUUCAGACUUAUACAUUUAAAUUAAUAUUGCCUGCUCCACAGCUAGCCAUAUUUUAACCGUUCAUACUUUUGUUUUUAACUGAAUAAAUAUGCUUGUUUUCACAAUUACCAGAUUUAUGCUGUUUCCAAGCAGUUUAAGUUAAUGCAUUUUGAUUAUUUGAUUAUAUUUAAAUGAAAUAUGCAAAUAGUUAACAAUAAAAUAUGUAAUUCAAUGCAAAAUCUUAUGUUUUAUUUAUGCGUGACAGACAAAUAUGCAUCACAUUAAGUUUACUUUGUUUAUUCUAAAACUGUGCAAUCCAAAUGGAUGGAAAUAUUGUGAGCAAUUCAAAUAUAUAAACCUUAAAUUUCGGCCUAAGUGUAGUGAGAAGGCACACUCCCGUUAUGCUGCAACAUCAUGCCGCUUUUUAAGACACCUUAUUUUAGCCAAAAAUAUAUGAUAGAGUGAAUCAUUUACUUUGAAAGCAAUCUCAUGAUGCAGUGCAACAACUUUAGUAAAUAUAUUUAUCUAAAUAUUUAAAAGUAUUAGAAAAAUCACUGACUAUUUAACCCAAUAUUUGUGUGAGCUAUUUAGAUUUAUGCUUUUUCAAGUAUGCCUGCAUCAAAUUCUGUUGCAAUCAAUUGUGAGUCGAGUUUCGUAUGUGCUUCACACGAGAGGCAUUAUUUAAGGUUACUGGAACAAAUGCUGAUUAACUACUUUUUGUCGCAAUGCUGGUUAAGUUCUGCAACCGAAAAAGAAAUCAAUUUUUUAAUGUUGUGCAUGUUGUGUGAGCUGAUUGGUUGAUUGUUAAGAUUCUUUUGUUUGGGUUGCUGGCCAUAAUCUUUACUGUUCUUCUGUGCAGAAGACAUCUAAUGUUUGCAUGACCUCGUAAAAAUAUGUUUACAAGAGCGAUGAUCAAAUUCAUAUCUUUACUACAAUACUAAUUGCAAACUGUGUCAAAAUGUCAUUGUGAGAUCGGAGGCACAAGAAAUUUUGACAGUUAAUCUGUUUCUUUUUCUUUAUAAAAUAUAGAUGUUUUGUUUUAAGUCAAAAUUGCUGAUUGCUGAGACCUCAGUACUGGCCUUACUUUAAAACUGGAUUAAUGCAAAAAGAACAAUGCAAGAACAUUUAUCACCUUGUUCAUCAGUAUAUCAUAUCAGUGCCAAUUUGAGCACAUUGCUUACUUGAAGCCAACAAUAUAUAAAAUAUCAAGUAUUUUGUUUUGCUAAUGGACCCCUAAUACGAAAUACUUUUUCCUUUUAAACCUAUGAAUGAUUAGUCUUGUGUCUUUAUUAUUUAUUGAU